AUGCAGUUCAAGGUGGCUGCCCUACAAGCCCUUUCCGCUUCUGCCAAGGUGGCGACCCAGGGACCCCUUGAAGCUGCUCAACAUGUCGCCACGUGCAUGCUUCUCUGUUCAUUUGAGAUCUUGCUACCAUCGGAAAGCUCAGGCGAAUGGCUCUGGUAUAUUCGAGGAGCAAUGGAAAUCGUACAAAGCGCUCUCCUGGUGCAACACGUAAACGAGAGCGACAUCGGCAGCUUGCUCGACUGGGUCUAUUAUCACCAUGCAGUCUCUCAGUUUGCCACAUUUCAUUGGCGUCACAAGUCCGUGGUCUUGAGUGCCACAGAUGCAGCGACUGCUGACCUUGGAGGCAACCGGCUUCUGCCUUUCGCAAAAGAAUCACCCGUAUCGCCAUCUCCGAGGCCUACCUAUGCGAUAUUGAAUUUGCUUUCGGAAGUAUGCGAUACGUUGCUUGAUCCAUCGGAUCCCGCAAGCCACGACGAACGUUACAAGGACCGCCUUAAAGCCCUGGAAUGGAGAAUCAGGAACCUCCCUCCGGCCUCCCCUCCCCAAGACGCAACUUCGCUCGAGACGAGCGCCGACGUCCAACUUCCUGUGGAGCUUUACCAAACGGCCACGCUCGUCUACCUGUUGCGGGCCUCGCAGAGCCCCUGGGAGCCGCCGGCGGACCUGGACUCGGUGAUAGACCGGGCGUUUGCCGGGCCGAUCCAGGCCCCGGCGUGCGAGCACUUCUUCCCGAUGUUCAUCCUGGCCUGCGAGGCGCGGACGGACGAGCAGAGGGUCGCAAUCCUCGACCUGCUCGAUAGGACGGAAAGGAACGACCAUAUGCGCAGCAUGAAGGGAUUUCGAGCCGAGAUCCAGUCGUUCUGGGUGCAGCAGGAUCUGAACGCGGACAGCGACCUCGUGCUGAACUAUGUUGGCGUGAUGAAAGCUGUAGUCAGCUCUAAUAAGGCGCUUCCUUCCUAUGCAUAG